AUGAUGCUGUUCUUCUAUGAUAUCUUUCAGAGGGUACACGCCUUUGCCCGGAAAGUCUUUUUUUUGAUUUACUAUAUCCCGAAGUUUAAUCGCCCAAAUGCUGCCUGGAGUCACAAAACCUCUCUUGUCACGCAAAUUCUGAAAGAACUUGUCCGCCACCGAGUGGCUAUUAGAUACCGCACUCCUAAGUCGCUGGAACCAGGUUCAGAAGGAGAUCAGUUCAUUGUGCUCAGCCCACAAAAUACCAUCACCAAUCAUGAUAAUGGCGAUUUAUCAAGCGCUGUUUACACAGGAAGUCUGACAGCAAUUCCAACAAUCCAGCCUGUACCUAUUGGUGCAGUCUGGUUUCCGGAUGCACCAUCUCCCAAUGUACCCCUGCAGCGGCUAGUCAUCCAUUUCCACCCAAGUGGCUUCGUCCUUUUUGGUCCACGGAAAGCUGAUGGAGUUUCAUGGGGGCCUACAAAGUUUGGUCAAUUAUCAGAAUGGCCGGUACUUUCUGUUCAAUACCGACUUUCCUUAGACAAGGACAAGACCACUUUCCCAGCUGCAAUUCAAGACGCGAUUACAGCUUAUGUUUACGCUUUAGAGACACUCAAAAUCCCAGCUGAGAAUAUUGUUCUUUCUGGCGAAUCAGCAGGUGGUAAUCUCGUUGUCGCAAUGAUACGAUAUAUCAGAAUGGAGAAUCCAGCUCUGCCUCUUCCUCGCGCAGGGCUUUUAUGGUCACCAUGGCUGAAUAUGACCAGGGAGUCAAUUCUUGGUCUUGACACGCAUCGCAAUGCUAGUACCGAUUAUAUUGAAACUGGUUUCUGUCAGUGGGGUGCGGAGAGCUACAUACCCUCUGGAUGGUCAGAGCAUAACCCCUACUUCACUCCACUAGGGAACGAGUUUCGAUCAAAUGUUCCGCUUUUUAUAGAGGCCGGCACUUCAGAGGUGCUGUACGAUGAUAUCGUGCAAUUUGCUCGUAACAUGAAGAAUAAGGGUACGGAUGUUGAACUGCAUGAAGCACUGAACGCACCUCACAGUAUUUUUAGCGUAGGAGAAGUCUUUGGGAUGACUGACAUUGCCAUUGAUGGCCACGCGCGGGCGAUAAGAUUUAUUACGAGGGCUGGCGAUAAGUGA